AUGAGUGUUCAGUUGGCAUAUUAUGAUCCAUUCAACGUAUUCCCUUUGAUAAAACCCAGCUUGGACUCCAAACUACCAUUGACAAACGUCCACUGGAGGUUUAACCACUCGUCGGCGUUGCGGUCAAUACCCCGAUUGCCGGUGGACUUGGUGGAAGAGGUGCCCAAGAAAGUCAAUGAUCUGAUCCAUGUCAGGCUAAUGUUCAUCCAAUGUAACGCAAUAGAGAUUUAUAAGUCCCAGGUACGACCCUUGAUCUUGGAAUGGUUGAAGCAUUCGGUAAACGACGAUGUCGAAUGGUUAAUUGUGUUGUACUCUCCUAUCAAGAAAGAUAAAUAUUCCUUCAAGACGUCAAUUUUCGAAAAGCUAAAAGCAGAUUUCGGUAAGGAUGGCAAACACUUGAGUGCCUUGACUGUGAACAGGGGCUCGAAAGACAGGUGUUUCAGGUUGAGAGAACCCAAUGAUAAUGACUUGAACAAAUUGGAAGUUUAUAAUGAUUUGAUCAAUUUCAUCAAGGAUCUUAUAUUAGCAUCUUGUCUCCGCAAUUUUGAGACCAUUGACAAGCAGUUGAGCACCAUUAAGGAUAAGGACUUAUUUUUCGUUAACUUACUCUUGAAGAAAUCCAUGUCCUUUGAGAAUUUACGGUUGUUCAAAGACUCGUUGAACACAUUGAAAGACUCCACUAUUCUACUCCAAAACUACUAUCAUAAGAGCCCAACGUCUUUCAAGAACAUCUUACCUGAAAUCGACUACAAGAACGUUACGGCUGUUUUUAAGGAGUGUGAUAUUCUACUGGAGACCAAUUAUUUCUACAUUAUAAGUUUUGUCUUCAACAGGAAGUUCAAGCUUUUGUUGACGUUGGUGGAGGAUGAAGACUUGUUUUCAAUCCAAUGUCUAUAUGUGUCGAAUCUUUUUCAGGAAAUGAUCGAUUAUUUGAAUAUCUUGAAUUCUUUUUUUGGUGAUUCUGUCUUGCAGUUCAACUACCACUUGAUUGAGUAUUUCAUGGGCCACAAAGUCAUCAAAGACUUCAUAAAUACUCCAGCUCAUGAAGAGGUCGAUACCUCAUAUUUGCACGAGUUCAUGGGAGAAUUGAAGUUGUUUGAAAGAUCAAGUCUCGUCAAACUCGGAGCUUUGAGAGGUUAUCGAAUCUACGAAUUCAAUGAAGUAUCUUUAGAUGAUCACGGUGAUAAACAGAAGGAAAUAGAGCUUGUGGGAGAGCUACUGAGAAUACUAAAGUCCAAAGACUCAUUUCUUCAGUACUUUGAAAAUGCUACAGAAACCAUAAUCCAACAUCUUGUUUUAUGUAACAGAACAAAGACCAUCGAUGUCCUUAGUAUCGAUUUAGCAUUGUUGAACUAUCAACGUCAAAACUAUAAAGAGAGUUUGAACAUUUUGCAGGAUUCAUAUCAAUUCUUUCUUGACAACAAUUGGAACUAUAUGGGAGGUAUUCUUCUAGAGAUAUACGUCGAGUGCAUUGAGAAAUUGAGUAUUAACAACCCUGCUUUGUUAGUACAAUCAUAUAUAAAGCUCAUCUCAAACUUGAAAACAACCUCAGAGAAAGUCGAUAUAAAUAAUUAUCGCCUUAUAAAGACUCAAAAGCAAAUAUCAAAGUUGUCACAAAAUGUCAUAAAGGGUUCAGAAUCACUCCAAGAAAGCUUUGAGUUUCCCAUUGAGAAAAUAUUUGAAGUCGACUUGGAUCCUCACAUUAGAAAUGAUGGUCACAACUACUACCUCGAGUUGAACCUCACCAACUUGUAUGAAAUCGAGUUCAAAUUCGAACAUGUUGAACUUGAAUUGUCCAAAGGCUUGACUUUCAAAGUAGGUGAUGUUCGGUUAUCAGAAGAGAAGUUUCAAACUGUCAAGUUAGUCUCACGAAGGGCUGUUGUGGGGUUUUUCAAACCUGUAAAAUUGACAAUAGGGUUAAGCCCCAAACUUAAAUUGAUCCAUACAUUUACCCAAGUACCAGACGAUCCAAAACACUCCAUUUUAAAUGAUUCUAUGAUCUUCCAUAACCAAACUGCACAGUCUGAAAUGGAGACUAACUCGAUUUAUUUCUAUCCUAGUGGAGAUGUUUUCACUUGUGAUAUAAAGAUGGCUUCAGAUUUGCUUCUUGGAUUACCAUCGAUUAUCCUUACAUUAAAGAAUGGGGAAACACCCAUCCAAAAUGUUUCGGUGGAUUUCUUAACGUUUGAAGACUUCAAAUAUGACAAGAAAAACUUGGAGUUAAGAAAAGUCGAUUUAGAAGCAGGUGAGAAAUAUUUACAUGAAGUGCCAAUUCAACUGCUCACCGACAACAAAAUCUUAAAGGUGAAAACGCUUGUGAGGUACGAUGCUAACGAGACUUCCUAUGAAUUCGUGACUGAAAAGAUAAUUGAUACAAACCUUAUAGUAAGUGUUUCAGUUCAAGACAUCUUCAAAUCGGAAUCGAUCUUUUCAAGGUUCCAAGUUGGUUCUGCCAUAUCGUCUCCUGUGAGGAUAUUAUCGACCCAAUUAGUUAAUGCUGAUGAGAAUAGCGGCACCGCAUACACAAUAAAGGUUCCUAGGGUAACCUCUGAAAAUUGCAUUGUGUACGGAGAGCAGAUGUACACUUCAUUUUACAAAAUUGAGCUCACCGAAAAACACCAUGUGAAACCGACCGACGAAUUCAAAUUAUCAGUUGUGUAUUCUUCAGUUGUCGAAGAAUGUGAAGAAAUCAUGGCCAGGUUAGUUCACCUGGAAAUUGAAAGUUUCUCAUAUGCUUUUAACGACAUGGUAAUGCCUAAAAUAAGAUUCGACUAUCAAUCAUAUCUUCUAGACUCAAAGCUUGCAAUCUUGAAUAUUUUGGAAAUCACUACUCUCACAGAUCGGAUCGUACAAUAUUUGGCCCCAAAAGAACGCACUAAAGUGAGAGAUUCUAUCAUCAACAUCAUCAACUCCACUCAUUCAACUACCACGACCCAAGACUCAUUCAAGCUUCGCAGCUUGAACAUCUAUGUUCCUGUGUCCAACAUCGAUAUUCUACAGAUUGUUGAGUUCAAAUUCAACAAGAAAGAAAAGUACGUUGUGGGCGAGCCUAUAUCAGUUGAAUUGGCAAUUGAAUCGAGUUUGAAAUGGACCAGUAAGCACCGUAUACUUGAAGAUGAACAAGACAUUUCGAUAAAUGCCGAGUCCUCAUUAUUGGAAGAUUAUCCAAGUAAGGAACGAUUUCAGGUUAGUAUAGUUAACGAUGAUAAUUGGCUCAUUUCCGGGUUCAGGAAAAAGAUAUUCAGCAUCGACAGUAAGAGCCAAAGUACCAACAAGUUCAAUUUGGUAUUGAUUCCUCUUACUGUUGGGAAAUUGAGUCUACCUCGUUUGUUGAUAAAGCUUCUCGAUAGCAGAGACCUCACUAUGGACAUUUCCAUAAAAAAUGGCUGUGAGACCCUUUUGGUUGUUCCGGAGCUCGAUAACAUUACGUUUUCAUUUUAG